AUGGCUUCCGAUGGUGACAGCGAACUCAUCAAGCCCGGCAUCAGCAGCAAAUUCUCUGAAGAACAUCCAUCUACGACAGAGAAUGGAGGUUUCCUAGGGACAGUUGUCUGCUUUCUUGACGGCUCAUACUGGAAGCUGACUCGGACGCUAUCGCGGACGAAGUAUCAACAAGCGCAACCGCCCUAUGAAGCCACGCAGGUGUUCGCCUGUAUUUGCCUUGAGGACCCAGACAAAAAAUACGAGGGUAUAGAGGAGGCUGUGAUCAAAGUGAAGUACCAAGUCCAAGGUACCUAUGAGAACAACCUACACUUUGAGCGGGUGCUGCGGCGGCGAGAGAAGGCGAUGACGUCCCGAGACCAGGGCUCUGACAAGGAAGUGCGAGCUUUCGAGAUUGCGCAGCAAUAUGUGGACUUCGCCACAGCCGGUCGACGUGCCAAAUGA